AAAAAAAAAAAUGAAAAAAAGAAAUGAAGUAUCUAAGGCCCCAAAAUCGCGGGAGUUGUGGCACGUGUGCGAAUCCCUGUCCUUCAAACUUCUGACCAUGUCCCGCCUUCCUUCUCCGCUCACCGUUGCGUUCUUCUCUCUCGGGAGACUCUCUCCAAACCCAUUUUCUCUCUUCCUUUGUUUCCCAUUUCCCUCUUUUCUAUCUCUCUCUCUCUUUUCAUCCUUCGUUUCACAUUGAUUGAUUUCCACGGUCAUGGAGGAGCGUCGUAUGGAGGACAAUCUUUUCGAGGACGAGGACAGAAAGGCGCUUGCGGGUUUAAGCAAUACUCCACAACCUUCCAGGGUUAGUCAUUCCAACAGCCAUCAGCUCCGCGCCGGCCAGAAGCGCCACCAGGGUCGGAAACACAGCCUCGAUGACAUCCCCAGGCCUACCGACCGCUACUACAACGAUUCUUCUGAUGAUGAGUUCUUUAACCGCUCCUCCAGUGCCUCCUACUCUAACAACACCGGUAGUGGUGGUGGUAAAUAUUGUGUGUUUCCCCACAGGCUUGAUCAGCCUCCCUUACCAGAUGAUGGAACAGAGGAUUAUGGGCAAGGUCAGCCACUACCGGAGUUUGUAGGGAGCGGUGGAGGUGUUGGAAUUUUCAAGGUUCCGGUUCGUGCGGCUGUGCACCCAGGACGUCCGCCCUGCCUUAAUUUGAGGCCACAUCCUCUGAGGGAGACUCAAGUGGGAAGGUUUCUGAGGAACAUUGUUUGUACAGAGACGGAACUGUGGGCAGGGCAGGAGAAUGGAAUCAGGUUUUGGAGGUUUGAGGAUUCAUACGAGCCUGGUCUCCAGGGGAAGGUGAAGAGAGGCGACGAGGAUGCAGCCCCAUUUCAUGAGUCGGUAAACACAUCCGCCACAUUGUGUUUGUUAGUGGAUAAUGGGAAUAGACUUGUAUGGAGUGGACAUAAAGACGGUAAGGUCAGGACAUGGAGGAUGGAUCAUCCUGUUGAUGAUGAUUCUCCCUUCAAGGAAGGCUUGUCAUGGCAGGCACAUCGCGGUCCUGUUAAUUCUAUUAUCAUGAGCUCCUAUGGUGAUUUGUGGUCAGGAGGUGAAGGAGGUGUUAUUAGGAUAUGGCCAUGCGAAUCCAUUGAGAAAUCCCUUUCUCUUAGGCCAGAGGAAAAGCACAUGGCUUCUUUGUUGAUAGAGAGAUCGGCCAUUGAUCUGAGGAGCCAAGUUACUGUUAAUGGUAACUGUAACAUAUCUUCUGCAGACAUCAAAUGCUUGUUAUCGGACCACAUUAGAGCCAAGGUUUGGUGUGCUCAGCCACUCCACUUCUCCUUGUGGGAUGCUCGGACUAAGGAGCUUGUGAGAGUAUUCAACAUUGAAGGGCAGACAGAAAAUCGUGUUGACACACAAUCCUCACAAGAUCAACCUGUUGAAGAUGAAAUGAAGGCGAAAUUCGUUUCCUCAUCAAAAAAGGAGAAACAUGGCUUUCUGCAUCGUUCCCGUAAUGCCAUUAUUGGAGCAGCAGAUGCUGUCCGGCGAGUUGCAACCAGAGGGGCGGGUGCUUUCGCUGAUGACAAUGCUAAGAGAAUAGAGGCUCUCAUUCUAACAGCAGAUGGGAUGAUCUGGAGUGGAUGUACAAAUGGAAUGCUUGUGCAGUGGGAUGGAAACGGAAACCGGGUGCAAGAUGUUAUUCCUCAUGCCUCUCCCGUGCAGUGCUUCUGCACUUUUGGGACACGAAUAUACAUUGGCUAUGUGAGUGGUAUGGUCCAGGUUAUGGAUCUCGAAGGAAAUCCAAUUGCUGGAUGGUUUGCUCAUAGCAGUCCUGUGAUUAACUUGGCCAUUGGAAACAAUAGUGUCUACAGCUUGGCCACUCACGGUGGUAUCCGAGUAUGGAGCAUCUCAUCUCCAGGGCCACUUGAUGCCUUAAUACGAACAGAACUAGAUGCAAAGGUAUCCACUUACGCAAAAAGGGACAAUAUCAGAAUUCUGAUAGGGACAUGGAAUGUAGGUCAAGGAAGAGCACCCUAUGAAGCACUGAUGUCCUGGUUGGGUUCUGUUUCUUCAGAUGUUGGUAUUGUUGCAGUUGGAUUGCAAGAAGUUGAAAUGGGUGCUGGUUUUCUUGCAAUGUCAGCAGCUAAAGAAACUGUAGGGCUUGAAGGGAGUUCUAUUGGGAACUGGUGGCUUGAUGCAAUUGGGAAAGCCUUAGAAGAAAACACUACAUUUGAACGCUUGGGUUCUAGACAAUUGGCAGGAUUGCUAGUAUCUCUUUGGGUAAGAAAAAGUAUCAGAAUGCAUGUUGGAGAUGUUGAUGCUGGAGCAGUUCCUUGUGGCUUUGGCCGAGCAAUUGGUAAUAAGGGAGGUGUAGGAUUGAGAGUCAGAGUGUAUGAUAGGCUAAUGUGCGUUGUAAACUGUCAUUUAGCUGCUCAUUUGGAGGCAGUGAAUCGUCGAAAUGCAGACUUUGAUCACAUAUAUAAGAACAUGUCUUUCACCCGAUCAUCAACUGGACUCAACACAGCUGCUGGUGUUGCAACUGCUUCUCAUUUGACUCGGGGUCCAAAUGCCUCCGGAGGCAACUCUGAAGAACAGAAGGAACCUAAGCCUGAACUGGCUGAUGCAGAUAUGGUCAUAUUUUUUGGUGACUUUAACUAUAGACUUUUUGGUAUAUCUUAUGAUGAAGCGAGGGACUUUGUCUCUCAGAGAUGCUUUGAUUGGCUUAGAGAAAAAGAUCAGCUCCGUGCUGAGAUGAAAGCUGGCAAGGUUUUCCAAGGAAUGCGUGAGGCUCUCAUCCAAUUCCCUCCUACAUACAAGUUCGAAAGGCAUCGACCUGGAUUAGCAGGUUAUGAUUCGGGGGAAAAGAAGCGAAUUCCUGCAUGGUGUGACAGAGUAAUAUAUCGGGAUAAUCGAUCAGGGGAAGUAAAUGACUGCAGCUUAGAAUGCCCUGUAAUCUCAUCGAUUUUACUGUAUGAGGCUUGCAUGGAUGUGAAUGAGAGCGAUCACAAACCUGUUCGCUGUAAAUUACAUGUUAAGAUUGCACAUGUUGAUAGGUCAAUUAAGAGAAAGUUAUUUGGAGAAAUCAUUCAAUCUAAUGAGAAAAUCAGAUCUUUUCUUGAAGAAUUACGUUGUGCCCCAGAAACCGUCGUUAGCACCAACAGCAUUGUUCUUCAGAACCAGGACACUUCAAUCCUGCAAAUCACCAACAAAUGCAUCAAGGAUAAAGCUACAUUCAAAAUCAUCUGUGAAGGUCAGUCCACUGUAGAUGAUGGAGAGCCUGCAGAAUAUCACCGAAGAGGCUCCUUCGGCUUCCCUAGAUGGCUUGAGAUUACCCCGGCAGCUGGCAUAAUCAAACCUGAAAGUUCAGUGGACGUCUCAAUACAUCAUGAAGAAUUCCACACCCUAGAAGAUCUUGUUGACGGCAUCCCACAGAACUGGUGGUGCGAGGAUACCAGGGACAAGGAAGUGAUUUUGACUGUAAUUGUUCGUGGCACUACCUCAACUGAGGCAAGAAGGCAUCAGAUCAAUGUCCACCACUGCUUCUCAGCCAAGACAGUCCAUCUCGACUCAAAAUCAGGCUCUAAGAAAGCUGCUGGAGGGUCCUUCAAUCGAGCUGAACUCAGGCAACCAAGCAAUGCCUCCUCAGAUGCAGCUGAUGAUGCCAGGAGUUCACAUAAACCUUAAACCAAUGGAGGACUGGGGGCAUAGGGAGCAGUAUACAGACACACCACCUGUAUCAGAUGGGGACUGAUAACAAAGCUAAGGAAUUCAGUUCCCUGCGUAGAUGAAACCUAGUCAGCAUGAGGAUGUAAAUACUAAAGGAGCAUGACCAUCUUACCUCUUAACAUGACAGGUUUGAUCUGUUUAUGUUCAUGUCUUAAUAUUUAGCAUACAUUACUGAUUCUUUUGAGUCCAAGCAUUCUAAUUUUAAAGCACAUUGUAGUAUUGUUGGAGUAAUUGCUUGUUGACUAUUGUAAGAAGGGAAUGUAAAUCCAGCAGCAAUAACAAGCUGGUUGGUUUUCUAAGAAAUGACAUGUUUCUUAGUCUCCAAGAUACCAGACAUAUUUCCCAGCAGAGCUGGGAGCCAAUCCUUCUUGCUUUUUCUUGUGUAAGAUUACUAAAUGCAGAUCCCAAUG